UUUCCAGAAAAUAUGGGUAAAAAGCAAGCGGGAGGUAAAGGAGGAGUAGCGGGACGGCAAAAUGUGUUGGCUGCCAAAACGGAAAUCUCGUUCGCUGACACUUUGCGGAAAGGACGCCACGAGUGUCUGUGCCAAGCUCGCACCCACAAGCUCAUCCUGAACUGCCUCGGAUGCGGACGAAUCGUUUGCGAACAAGAGGGAAGUGGCCCGUGCUUCACGUGUGGAACACUCGUCUGCACUCGGGAAGAACGAGAAAUCCUCAAUCGUGGUACGAACAAGAGCCGCGAUCUUCUCGCCAGGCUCACCGGAGAUGGAUCGGAUAUUGGGUCGUUGAAGCAAAUCUCCUCGUCGUAUCAGAAUGCGACAGAGUUUCGGAAUAAGCUGCUGGAAGCCGACGCGGAUACGGAACGCCGAACAAAAGUGAACGAUCUUCAAAGUGACUAUAGCACCAUUGAGAACAGCCCAUUCCUCAGUGCAAGUGAUCGAGAAGCUCUGAAAUUGAGACGAGAGGAGCUUAAAGCCCUACGGGAGAAGGAACGGAAAAAGUUCGUGGUUAGCUUGGACUUUGAUGGUGGUGUUGUUCAUGAGAUGACGAGACGGAGUGGCACCGAGGCGUUGCAGGAUAAGAAUGAUCCGGUGAUUCAGAGGAUUAUGGAGAGAGUUGACGAAAAGCACCGUAUACAAGAGGCUCUUCACAAUAGUACGGCAGACGCGAGAUGGAAUCCUAUCGGAUUUGUGCCAAGGUACAUGACAGAAGACGGCGAUCAUCCACAACAAGAAUGCAGUGACGGAGAUAUUAUAGACGCAGAUAGUCUUAUGAUUGUUAGUGAUGAGCUCGCUGCACAAAUCACCGAAGAAAAGGGAUACGUACUUGCACUUGCUCAGCCGACAGCGAGUUUUCUUGUCAAUGGACUGUGCAGAUUUAUUCGAUGGCCGACUGAUUUGAAUCUCAAGGGACCACUAUUUAUUACUGCCAAGGCGGGCGGUACGAACGAGAAAAUGAUUCGCGAAUUUGCGAAGAAAUAUGUUCGAGACGUGAAUAAGAUCAGCGAGCUGGAUUUCUCCGACGGAGCCGUGCUGGGAAGAGCAUUUCUACAGGAAUGUAUGAUGCUCGAGGAUUUCCUCGACAAGUAUGGUAGCAAGUCGGCGAUUCCCGGCGGCGACGGACAAUUUGUUUUGUGUUUCUCCGCGUUCGAGCCGCUGGUUUCAACGAUUCCACACAUUUCCACCGCUGAUUCGUAUAUUUAUGAGAUGGAUCGACAAUUGAAGAGAUCGUUGACUAAGUGGUGAUAGGUGGAAAUUGUGAUCUGUGUACUAUUGGCAAUAAAUUAUUUAUUUU